GGGUUGCGCCGCGCCCAAAACUUGGGACUUUUGAUGUCGAGGCGGACUGCCUUCCUCCACCUGAAGCGCCUACUGGGAGCGUCGAGGUCGCCCCUUCCUCCGCCGCCGCGCUCCGUUCUUAGGUCUCCCGCGCCCCCUCCGCUUCUGCAGAGGCGCAGCUGUUCCUCCUCGCCCCUCCUGAGCUUUUUCUCCGGAAACACGGCGGUUUCUGAUGCGUACGAAAGCAAUCUUUUUCCCGUGCAUCAGGGGCACGGAGAAAGACGCCUAGGGGAGUCGCAGGCGGAGGAGGAGGUGGCGAAGUACAUCCCGGUCAAGGCCUUCUUCCUCUCUACUAGCAUUGAUCUGAAGAGCCUGCAGACCGAGAAUUCAAGUGAUGUAAUUCCUCCGACUUCUAGAUCAUCUAACUGUGUUGCUCUGCGCUACAAUGAUUUCCAGCCUGAAACAUCAGACAGUGUGGUCAAAGAAAGUGUACAUUAUCGCCAUGUGAUUGUAUUCCAAUAUGGUUCUGCCGUGUUGUUCAACAUUGCAGAUCAUGAAGCUGAGCGGUACCUAGAUAUAAUCCGGAAGCAUGCAUCUGGAUUGGUACCAGAGAUGAGAAAGGAUGAUUAUGCUGUAGUUGAGAAGCCAUCAUUGGAAGCAUGGAUGGAAGGAGGUCUGGACUAUAUAACUCUAAAAUGUUUGGAUAUUGAUGGAAUACGCAUAAUUGGAAGUGUACUAGGUCAAAGCAUUGCUCUCGAUCAUUAUGUACGACAGGUCGAUGAUAUGGUUGAGGAAUUUACAGACAUUAAUCGUGGCAUGGAGAAGACUGGAACUUUUAACAUGAACAGGAAUAAACUGUUCCAACUUGUUGGAAGGGCAAAUUCUAGUCUUGCUGAUGUGAUUUUAAAGCUGGGCCUUUUUGAUAGGUCCGAAAUUGCUUGGAAAAAUGCGAAUUAUGCCCAAAUUCUGGAGUAUCUAAGAGAAGAAUACGAACUGGCACAACGUAUCGGAAACCUCGAUUUUAAACUGAAAUUUGUGGAGCACAACAUCCAUUUCCUUCAAGAAGUCCUCCAGAACAGAAAAAGUGAUCACAUGGAAUGGUUAAUCAUUAUAUUGCUAUUAGUGGAAAACAUCCUUUCAUUUUACGACCUGGCAAUGAAGGUUUAGAGGCAGUUUUCCAUCUAAGAAGCCCGGAUUGCCUGACUAGGGCGACCAUUUCAUGAAAAUGCAUGGUGAUGCAACUUCUGGAACCACAACCUUGUGCUCCCUUCCCAAAAUGCUGACCAUGUCUCCUUCUUGGAGUUGGAUGCAAAAAAUCAUUCAUUCCAUGUAGAACAUCAUUCAUUAUUUACACAUUUCUUUUGGUCAGAUCCUACUUCUUGUGGGGUGAUGAAGAGGCAAAAAGCACCAAUAUCUCUCAUAGCCGAUAAAUUAUUAUACUGGCAAUUUUUUCCUGAACCAGUUUACAUAAUCUUUGAGAUAACCACUUACAAGUGGGUUAUAUGUGUACAUGUUUAUCUCAUUUUACAUCAUCUCUUUUUGCUUGUUAUACAGCAUAUGAAAACAGAAGUACGCAAAUAACAUUUUUUGCUCUC